AUGGAUUUCUCUUUCUUUUUCAUGCAAGGAAUCAUGGGAAACACGAUUGAGCCACCACCUCAACUCAUUGACCUCGCCAACAUCCCUCGAGAAGGUGCCUUUGAUUACAACAGUGACGUUUUUGAAGAUGGUGGCCAAACACCGUAUGAAGCUACCUUGCAACAAGGUUUUCAGUACCAACCUACAACAGAUCUUCCUCCACUGACAAAUGGAUAUCCACCAUCAAUCAGCAUGUAUGAAAUUCAAACCAAAUACCAGUCAUAUCAUCAGUAUCCCAGUGGGUCGGCCAGUGGCCUUGGUGCAUUUAGAAACUUUAGCCCCUCUGACUAUUAUCAUUCAGAAAUCUCAAACGCUAGACCACAUGAAAUUCUGGAAAAGCCUUCCCCUCCACAGUCACCACCUUUUCCUUUGGAACCACAAACUCAGAUUCCAAAGAAGACUGACUCACCUGAAAUUAAACUAAAAAUAACCAAAAGUAUCCAGAAUGGCAAGGAAUUGUUUGAGUCUUCCCUUUGUGGAGACCUUUUAGAUGAAGUACAGGCAAGUGAGCACACAAAGUCAAUGCAUGAAAGCAGAAAAGAAAAGAGGAAAAAAAGUAAUACGCAUGACUCAUCUAGAUCUGAAGAGUGCAAAUCACAGAAAAUCCCCAAAUUAGAACCAGAGGAACAAAAUAGAACAAAUGAGAGGGUUGACAUUGCUUCAGAAAAACCAAGAGAAGAUCCAGAACCAAAAGAGGAAACCCUAGUUCAGCCGAUAUUAUCUUCCAUUCCAGCAACAGAACUGUCCACAGGUGUCAAGUUCCAGGUUGGCGAUCUUGUUUGGUCUAAAGUGGGAACCUAUCCUUGGUGGCCUUGUAUGGUUUCAAGUGAUCCCCAGCUCGAGGUUCAUACCAAAAUUAACACAAGAGGUGCCCGGGAGUACCACGUCCAGUUUUUUAGUACUCAGGCAGAGAGAGCAUGGGUUCAUGAAAAGCAUGUACGGGAAUAUAAAGGUCAUAAACAGUAUGAAGAAUUACUGUCUGAGGCAAUCAAACAAGCCAGCAAUCACUCUGAGAAACAAAAAAUUCGGAAACCCCGACCUCAGAGAGAACGUGUUCAAUGGGAUAUUGGUAUUGCCCAUGCAGAGAAAGCAUUGAAAAUGACCCAGGAAGAAAGAAUAGAACAGUAUACCUUCAUCUAUACUGAUAACCAACAACCUGAGGAGGCUUUGUCUCAAACAAAAAAGAAUAUUGCCUCCAAAACCGAAGUUAAAAAAUCCCGAAGACCAAGAUCGGUGCUGAACACUCAGCCAGACCAGGCCAGUGCAAGGGAGGUGACCUGCUCGAUAUCAAAUACUGAGAUUCGGAGACACAACCAGAGGCGACACACAUGUGUGGAAGAGGAAGAGCGGCCGCCUGAUAAAGUAGCCUGGAAAACAGCAGCAGGGAGGAAGCCCUUACCAGCCUCCAUUACGAUGCACAAAAGGGGCCUGGAUUUACAGAAGCUCAACAUGACUCCACUUGUGAAAACUGAACAAGUGUUUGCUCUUCAGAAUGCCACCGGAGAUGGGAAGUUUAUCAAUCAGUUUGUUUAUUCAGUGAAGGAAAUAAGUGUCAAGGGACAAGACAGGCUUAUAAUUUCUACACCAAACCAGAGAAAUGAAAAAGCAACUCAGAAUAUAUCACCUCCUGAAGCAAAAUCUGGUCCUACGGGCUCAGUAGAAAAGAAGCAACAGAGAAGAUCAAUGAGAACUCGUUCUGAAUCAGAGAAUUCCAUUGAGGUUGUGCCAAAGAAGAAGAUCAAAAAGGAGGAGGUUGGAUUCCUACAGGUAGAGAGUUAA